UUCUGAAUUUUGAAAUUUUGACUACAAAUUCAUAAUCAGCAAUUCUAAAAACCUUAUGUAAGACGUGAAUUAGACGCAGAUUAUUUCUAGAAAAAAGUCAGACACGAAAGGGUUAAGUCACAUUGCAUAAGUUUUUAUGUUAUGACUACGAAAGAAAUAUUAGUAUACAAAACUAUUCAGAAUUCUUAUUUUUACUUUUCACUACAUGAAACGAGCUAACACGCGCACGGUAAUCGUUGCAUACUACAAGAACUUACGAGAAAAGAUUACAAAAAAAGUAUCAAAACUUGCGACCAAUUUUUCACGUGUCAAGAGAAUACUUAGAAGGAAAGAUUUCUUUCCCAUUUCUUCGCGAGAAAUUCACGACAUCGCGUUCUAAAUUAACGUUCGCUCAAAUAUUUUCAGCUAAGAGUCCCGUCUUUUCGGGACUGACGAUGAUACGGUCCGUCGGCGGAGAUGCUGCGCAAACAGUGCGACGCCUAGCGAUUUGAAACCCGCAUACGCCAAAAACUAUUCCCAUUGGGCGGCCCAGAUACACGCAAAUCGUCUUCCACAGUUUCGAUAAGGACGGUGACGAUAUCGUCAGCUUCAGCGAUCUUCGUCUUUCACAGCAUCGAUCGUGAACGGCAUGGUCGAUCAGCUCUCUUGGAUACUUGGAUGAGCAGUAAUCGCUAUUCUACGAUUUUGAUGGAGACGGUUGCAUCACGAAGCGAGAAAUGUUGGUCAUAAUAUCCGCGAUUUAUGAGAUGGUGCAGGACGCGCAGACUAUCCAGCCCGCAGUUAACAUCCAAGUGGACAAGUUCUUCAAGGAGAUGGACACAGACAGAGACGGAAUAGUCACCAGGGAGGAAUUCAUAAGCGGUUGUAAAAAUGAUACCAUUAUAUACAACCAGUUGAGUUUAUUUAAUAAGAUUUGGUGACCGAAUGAAAACAUCCUUCAGAGAUUAACGAGCAAUUUAUCCACACACGCGUAAAGCCAUUAAAAUACUUGUAAAAACUCACCCGAUUUCUCCUCUUAAAUAGUACAUACAUUCUCUAUGUCAUUUAUCGUGAGAGUUUCUGCGCAAUAUGUUACAAUCGCAAUAUCAUCGUAAAUGAUCAGUCCAUUUCAUUAAUAUCACAUACAAAGGGCUUUCAGAACAGUCUCUUUUGUGAAAUGUAAAACACGCAGGCGAGGAAGAACGCGAAGGCCAAUGCAAGUAAUACUUCAUCAGUGA